CUCAACACUUAUUAGCAUUUGAAAUGGCCCCCAUUCAACAACACCACCAAGUCGUCGUUAUUGGCUCUGGUCCUGCUGGCCAUACUGCUGCCAUCUACCUUGCUCGUGCUAACCUCACUCCUGUCAUGUUCGAGGGCUUUCUUGCUGCAGGUGUUGCUGCCGGAGGUCAGCUCACAACUACCACUGAAAUUGAAAACUUUCCUGGAUUCCCUGAAGGUCUCAGUGGACCUGAACUUAUGACUCGGAUGAGAGAGCAAUCCAUCAAAUUUGGCACUACCAUUCAUACCGAAACCAUUUCUCGUGUUGAUCUAUCCAAACGUCCAUUUAAGCUAUGGCGCGAAGGAUCAGAAAAGGAUGAAGAUGCGAUCCUUGCAGACUCGGUUGUAAUUGCCACUGGAGCUACUGCCAAGCGGCUCUUUAUUGAGGGUGAGGAUGUCUAUUGGCAAGCAGGUAUCUCUGCAUGUGCUGUUUGUGAUGGCGCAGUUCCAAUUUUUCGCAACAAGGUUCUUGCGGUUGUUGGUGGUGGUGAUUCUGCUUCUGAAGAGGCAGUUUUUCUCACAAAGUAUGCUAGCAAGGUGAUUGUGCUUGUGCGUCGCGACAAGCUCCGAGCAUCCAAGGUUAUGGCCGAUCGUCUUUUGAAGCAUCCUAAAAUUGAAGUCAUGUGGAACAAGGCUCCUAUUAAAGCAGAGGGUGAACGACUUCUCAACAAUCUUGUGAUUGAGGACACUGUAACCAAAGCUCGUAGCAACCUUGCCGUUAAUGGACUUUUUUAUGCCAUUGGUCAUACACCCAACACAGACAUUUUUAAGAAUCAGUUGAAACUGAGAGAUACUGGGUAUAUUCAGGUAUUUUCUAAUCAAGACGUGCCAUCGACGUAUACCAGUGUGGAGGGAGUGUUUGCUUGUGGGGAUGUUCAGGAUCAUACCUAUCGACAGGCCAUUACUGCUGCUGGAUCUGGAUGUAUGGCCGCACUGGAUUGUGAGAGAUGGCUAGAAAGCCAGCACUAGAUGAGUUGAUUCCUCGAAUGCUUUGCUGGGUUAAAGAGAAAUAAACAGCGUUACUUUUAUUC